UUCCUGUUUACGUUUCCACAAAUGACGUCACGCGGAUAACAUUUAACAAACUGUUUCAAAACCGAAACAGCGCAUAACUUGAGCAACAACUCUUCAAUAUUCUUGUGACGGAUGGAUUCAAAUACCGUCUAGUGUACCUACAUACUGGAACAUCGUGGAGACUGAACGAUCUACGUUUUCAACUGUUCUGCUCAUAUUUGAGGACCCGAAGGAAGCUAGCCGGGGCUGCUAGCUAAGUGAAGCUAACGUUAAGUAGGUAGCUGGGAGCUAGCUAGCCAUUUAGCAACAUUAACUCAACAGGACUUCAUCUUUAACCAGAGUGCUCAACAUCUGUUGGUAUGGAGAAUAAAUAUAACCUCAAGAGUCCAGCGGUGAAGAGGCUGAUGAAAGAGGCUGCUGAACUGAGGGAUCCCACAGAGCACUACCACGCCCAGCCACUGGAGGACAACCUCUUUGAAUGGCACUUCUCCGUACGUGGGCCCCCAGAUUCCGAUUUCGACGGCGGGGUUUACCACGGCAGGAUCGUGCUUCCCCCAGAGUACCCAAUGAAGCCCCCUAGCAUCAUCCUCCUCACGCCGAAUGGAAGAUUUGAAGUUGGAAAGAAAAUUUGUUUGAGCAUCUCUGGCCACCAUCCGGAGACCUGGCAGCCCUCUUGGAGCAUCCGAACCGCCCUAAUAGCUAUAAUCGGAUUCAUGCCAACAAAAGGAGAGGGGGCGAUAGGAUCUCUGGAUUAUACUCCAGAAGAGAGGAAGGCCCUUGCCAAAAAGUCCCAGGACUUCUGCUGUGAGGCGUGUGGCUGCUCCAUGCGUUCUGCCCUCCUGGCUCUGACCCCCAACAGCAACCCCAGCGCAGAGGACCACAAGGCUAAAGAGCUGGCCCAGCAAAUCAACUUCAAGGAAGAGUCCAGUUUAUCCAGACAGGCAAGUGAGAGCGGAGGUGCAGAAAGCGAGCCUUCCACACUCACCCAGGAAGACGCCUCCACGUCUGCAGGCCAGGAAGCUUCUGAAGAGCCCCGGGCUGAGCAGGCAGAGGCGUCUCCAGCCACAGGAACAGUCGGGCCCCAGGCCCCCGCGGCCCCCGUCGUCGGCCGCCCGCUCAGCCCCCGGCAGCGUCGUGCCCAGCAGCACAGCCAGCAGGGCCAGAGAGACGGCAGAGAACCGGCCAGCAGGCCCGUCUUUGCCCCGACUCCUCGCCAACCUCAGGAUGAAGGCCGCGCGGGCUCGGUAGCCCUCAUCGUGGUGCUCACUCUGGCCCUGGCCGCACUCAUCUUCCGCAGGAUCUACCUGGCUCACGAGUACAAGUUUGACUACGAGCUGUGACCACACACACUUUGCUGUCCCUCCUCCUCACGCUCAAGUCAUCUCCCCCCCCCACCCCCCACCCCAACAGAACUAUGGCCAGCCGAAGUGGAACCAGAGCCGAGGCGGUGGCUGACACUGACUUCCUGCGCUCCCUGUUUGUCAGCAGAGGGUUCGGUCUCCGCUGAGGAGGGGGGGGACUUUCAUUCCUGCAGAGGAGGCGCUCCCACUCUCCACAACACCUCCGGGGGUGUCUUUUAAUCAAUGUGAAUUUUACUUUCCAGAGUGUCAUGCAUUUUUAAGAAUGGGAAGCUUUGUUGUGUUUGUGAUCAGUUCAGCAGCUACACAUGCCCCACGUACCCUUCCAUAGAAUAGUUCUGUCCUAGUGCUGCCACUUGUUCACAUUAUUUAAUUGAAACUGCAAUAUAAUAUGUCAACAAGGUUUAUGGGGGAUUUUUCUAUCAAAGUAAUGAAUUAAUCAUGGAAGCAUCUGCACAUAGUGUAUGAGCUAUAAUUCUUUUUGGUUUGCUGUAUCUUCCUGUUUGGUCAGGUCAGUCACACCUUACACGGCUCUAUUGCAAUUGUGCAAAUGAAACAGCCACUGUGUAGUCGGUAUGGAAUUCAAGUCUCAAUUCCGUAUCUCACGUCGUAAAUGGAUCAUAUUGUGAUUAAUAUAUAUUGUGAUGAGGGGAAGGAUUGAUAAGAGCUGACGUCUCCCACAUAAACAGGCAGAAUGUUGCAUUAUAACUGACAAGUCUGAUGUGCGUAGAGGUGUGUGUGGGGCGAUGCAUUUCAAAUCAGAGUCUGCACAGUUAGCGACAUACGAGUCCUGCUGCUGCCUGGCUGCAGGGAUUUGAUGAACUGAAGUACAGUCGUACUGUAGGAAUAGCUGGUAAUCAUUCAUAAACCAAUGCCGACUGCUUUACCAACGUUCGUAUGUUACACCAUGUUCCGUGACCACUGUAAUGUGUGCCUGCAGGGGGUCGUUGGAGGGACGUUCUCACGCUUUCUACAAGUGAGUAGUCGAAUUUCUGACACAUGCCAUCAGAAAGUGUGGCCCUACUGUAGCUAGGAAUAAGAAAGAAAAAUAGCAGCACUUCUGAAAUUGCAAAUUGUUGUUCCAUGUGGGUUCCAUUAUAACACGUAGGCGCAGCGCCUUAGCCGAAUGAAGAGGAAAAAAACUAUGCUGAGAGUUCUCUUGCUCUCAUUUAUGGUCGCGCCAGCUUCUCUGUCCUCUCCUCUGCGCGUUUGACCGAGGGCGGGGCUUAGCUCCUAAACACACACACACACACACACACAGCAGACAGCAGGGAGGCUGCGUUGGAGACACCUGCUUUUUCUGCAGUUGUCUUUGUUUGACACAACCACAUCGCCUAAGCCCUCAGAAACCGAGGGAAAUCCCUGAGAGAGAGGGCUACAGUCUUUAUAUGAAGUUUACCGUAUAGGACAUUAUUCAUUUAUUUGUUUAUUUUGUGAGCGUAGGUAUGUAGAUCUUUUAAAAGGCAUGUUUAUGUUUAAAUAAAGAUACCUAUACAAGCAA